AUGGUGGAGCCGGCAGGUCUUGUUAUCGGAAUUUUGGGGCUAGCUGGUUUGUUUAAUAACACCUUAGAUGUGCUUGAUAAGUUUGACUCGUGGAGGGACUACGAAAGCGAAUCUGGUGCUUUAAUGGCUCAAUUCAAAGCCCACAAAUUUAAACUCGAGAAAUGGGGCCAAGCUGUUGGAUUCGAAGGAGAAAAUCUCUUGGAUGAACACGACAAGCUACUUGAUGAUCCACAAAUACGUUCGACAGUCCAAGACCUUCUUUCAGCUAUCAACUACCUUUGCGGCCCCAUCGUUCCACGCAACUCGUCUGAAUCGAAACGGGAAAGAAUCAGCUGGGCGUUGAGAAAAGAGAAGCGGAUCAAAAAACUUGAGCAAUUUUCAUCCAUCCUCGAUAUUCUCUAUGGCUUGAUUCCCAUCAAAAAGGAGGGCAGCGUGGUCUCGAGCCACUGGGAAUCUACCGGGGGGGGAUUCUCAUUCUGGCCACGUGAAUGGUACGUGCUGGAAUGCGAGUAUUUCGAACCCAAUUUGACCAUGUCACUAGAUGCUGUCCAUGGGCGAGGAAACUGGACCAAAGAAUUCAAACGCAUUCUGAGCAACAUACAGAGCGAGAUUGAAGCCCAGACAAAACGAGAUUCACAGGUAUGGUUGUUGGGCAACCAGCCUCGCAACGGCCGCUACGAGGAGUAUGUGUCAAGGCGAAUGGAAAGUACCUGUCUAUGGAUCCUAGACCGACCAUGGUUUUUAGACUGGUGCUCACCCGAUUUCCCAAACGGACAUUCUAAGAUCCUUUGGAUCAAUGGCCCCGCGGGAUUUGGAAAGACCGUUCUAUGUACAAAAAUAAUUGAUCACGUCUCUUCCAUCCUGGAUACACCUGUCGCCCAUUUUUUCUUUGCUUCUGACUUUGAGAGAGGAGAUCCUUUCAUGGCAGUACGAUCAUGGAUAACUCAGUUGAUGUCUCAUCCAACAGCGUCUGCACUUGUUCGUGAAAAGUAUGCAGUCCAGCAGGGACAGCAGGCAACCCGUGGAGAAGUUAUAGAACUCCUGCAAGAGAUUGUCACAGCGAUACCUGGGUGCACGCUCAUUAUCGAUGGCAUGGAUGAAUGUGGCUGGUGUAUGGAGAACCAGAAGGCUAUUGAUGGUGACUCCAUUCUUACCUUUAUGGAGGCACUGAUGCGAGCUACUGGGGAUACGGCCACACGUGUCAUGAUUGUCAGCCGCGAUGAACCGGAAAUUCGAACCUCUUUGCCUCAAAAUACCCUCGGGGCUUCUGUUUUUGAGCAUAAGAUUACCCCCCCAAGACCGCUGACUACGAGUGAGAAAACUGCAAAAGCAAAAGAGAGCCUCAGCCUUAGCAUGGCCGAUCGGUCUAACGGUCAGUUUCUGUGGGUAAGAUUGCAGCGAGAUUCACUCUGUCGCAACAACUGGAGAAGCCAGAAGGAGCUGGAAAGAACGAUUAAUUUAACACCAAUUGGACUCGAGGAUGUGUACGAACGAAAUUGGAUCAAAAUUUUGAAGCUCCCUGAAGAAGAUCGAGAUCCCCUCUUGAUUGGUGAAACUUGUGACAAUAUCCAAGUGGAAGACCUACCGGAGAAUAUCGACGAGAGGUAUAUUGACAAAGGGAUAUCAUCCUUCUGUGGAUCUCUCUUGGAGAUCCGUAGUCCCGGGGCCGAUUGUGAUGCUGGGUUGAAGACAGUGCAUUUGGCACACUUCUCAGUUAAACAGUACCUGCUCUAUAAUAUUACGACAAAUGGGAGACUCCUACAGAUCAACAAGAGCCUGGGGUUUUUUGCAGAAUCAGUCGAGAACACAUUGCUUGCUAAGAUGUGUCUUCGUUAUAUCAAUUAUUCAGCAGUCUGGCGGAGAGGCUCCUGCAUCGAAGUGAAUGGAGGUCUUGGUUCGUUCUUAAGCUACGCCGCGGGGUCAUGGCAAAGGCACGCCUCUGCUGGAGACCCAACAGAUGCAGGAGUGGUGAAACUGCUGAACCGACUCUUUGACAAAAGAAGGCCUCACUGGGCCAUGUGGAGGGAAUGGUUCGAUUCAAAUGACGAAGAGAUUAAGGACGAACAAUCAAGAAUUGCAGAGAAGCCAGCCAGUCCGGUGUAUUAUGCAGCGCGACUUGGCUUAGCUGAGACAGUGGAUUUUUUGAUUCAUGACCGCAACCAUCAGACAGACGACAUUGGCAAGUUCGGGCAUACACCUUUGGCUGCAGCUUGUGAAAAGGGGCAUUUGAAUAUUGUGGAGUUUUUACUUGAAAACGGAGCAGAUACCACGAUUGCAGACAUAAAGGGGGAAACGUCGGUCAAUUUGGCUUCGUUCAACGGCCAUCUCAAGGUUGUCGAUGCACUACUUAAGAGGGGUGCGGACAUCACCAUUGGUAAUAAUAGAGACAUGACCCCUUUCUAUUCAGCCGCUGUGAAAGGACAUUUCGAGGUUGCGAAGCUUCUCCUGGAGCAUGGUGCAGAUAUCACAGCUAUGCAUAAGAAUGGAUGGACACCAGUGAACGCAGCCUCGGACCAUGGCCAUCUUGAGGUAGUUCAACUUCUUCUGGACAACGGGGCAGAUAUCACUAUUGCUGAAAACGAUGGUAUACUGCCUAUCUAUUCAGCUUCUAUGAAUGGUCAUUUCGAGGUUACGAAGCUACUCCUAGAGCAUGGCGCAAGCAUUAAUGUUCAGCGGAAAAAUGGAUGGACACCAGUGAACGCAGCCUCGUACCAUGGCCAUCUUGAGGUAGUUCAACUUCUUUUGGACAACGGGGCAGAUAUCACUAUUGCUGAAAAUGAUGGUGUACUGCCUAUCUAUUCAGCUUCUAUGAAAGGUCAUUUUGAGGUUACGAAGUUACUCCUAGAGCAUGGUGCAAGCAUUAAUGUUCAGCGGAAAAAUGGAUGGACACCAGUGAACGCAGCCUCGGACCAUGGCCAUCUUGAGAUAGUCCAACUUCUUCUGGAUAAUGGAGCCGACUUCGCUAUGAGGAGCAACACUGGAUGGACGCCGGUGAAUGCGGCCGCGAAUAAUGGCCAUCUUGAAGUUGUCAGACUUCUCCUGGAUAGUGGGGCCGAUUUUCGGACAAAAAACGACCACGGAUGGACAGCACUACACUCAGCCUCAGCUCAUGGACAUAUGGAUGUUGUUAAGCUACUCCUAGAGAUAGGAGCGGAAACGAAUAUUGGAAAUGUCGACGAAUGGACACCACUACAUGAAGCCUCAUAUUAUGGCUAUAUUGAGAUCUGUGAACUACUAGUGGAGAACAGGGCGAAGGUAACAUUAGCAGACAAUCAGUGCCGUACACCACUUUUACUGGCCUCGGAGAACGGUCACCUUGAGGUGGUGAGAUAUCUUCUCGAGAACGGUGCCGAUACUUGUGUUAAUGCUGCGGCCACUAACGGAUUAACACCACUACAUGGUGCUUCACUGCAUGGGAACCUUGAGAUGACGAGGCUCCUUCUUGACCAUGGUGCAGAUAUCAGGGUCACACUUAAUGACGCUGGAUGGACACCAAUUAGUGUUGCCUGUCGUAAUGGUCAUUUUGAGGUUGUUAAGGUACUUCUUGAGAAGGGGGCAGACACUAUAGCAGUCGCAGGCAUGAACAGUUGGACCCCUGUGAACCGUGCAUGUGAACAGGGCUUUUUUGAUGUAGUGAAGCUCUUGGUUGAGAACGGGGCUGAUAUAACGGUUGCGAACAGCGACGGAUGUACACCAGUCCACAUGGCCUGUCAAAAUGGCCAUCUUGAAGUCGUUAAGCUACUUCUCAAGAACGGUGCAGAUACCACAGUCGUGGAUAGCGAUGGAUAUACACCAGUCCAUAUGGCCUCUGAAAAUGGCCAUCCUGAAGUCAUUAAGCUACUUCUCGAGAGCGGCGCAGAUACCACGGUCCUGGAUAACGACCGGUGGACACCAAUUAGUGUUGCCUGUCGCAAUGGCCAUUCUGAGGUGGUUAAGAUACUUCUUGAGAAGGGGGCAGACACUAUAGCAGUCGCAGGCAUGAACAAUUGGACCCCUGUGAACCGUGCUUGUGAACAGGGCUUUUUUGAUGUAGUGAAGCUCUUGGUUGAGAACGGGGCUGAUUUAACGGUUGCGAACAGCGACGGAUGUACACCAGUCCACAUGGCCUCUCAGAAUGGCCAUCUUGAAGUCGUUAAGCUACUUCUCAAGAAUGGCGCGGACAUCAGAGUUUUGGAUAACUCCGGGUGGACAGCGGCUCACGCGGCUUCUCGAAAUGGCCAUCUUGAGGUGGCUAAGUUGCUUCUUGAGGAGGGGGUAGCAGAUGCUGCCCAGUUGGAUCUAUGA